UCACACCAAUCAUAUGAAAAUUAAUGAUCCAUGGUUAGCAAACCCUAAUUACAUGAAUUCAACUGGAGUGCUAGGGCAUCAUCCCUACAACUACUACAGCAAUAUCCAGCCACCUCCAGCACCGCAAAUGAAUGAGUACGUACUGCUCAACCCCUCCUCUAGGACGCUUGGCAAUGGCAGCUCGUCUUCAAGGCGUCAAUGCAAUACCAAUUAUAAUGACCCUAAUAAGAGGUGCACCAACUAUAACUGUGGCACUAAUAACACUCCCAUGUGGCGCAAAGGCCCCCUUGGUCCCAAGAGCCUUUGCAAUGCUUGUGGGAUCAAGUAUAGAAAGGACGAGGAGAGAAAGAAAGCCAGAGAUGCAGCUGAAAGCUCCGGCACAAGCAGUCGGGAUUAGGAAUGAGAGAUCAGAAGAUCAAGUCAAUGCUCGAUCGACGUAUUUGACAAGAAUAUCAGGUUUCAAAAUAAUUCAGAGUUGGAUGAAAGUCUAUGGGAAAUAACCAUAUAUAUAUGGCUUUUCCUCAU